GUCCCUUGAUAAAAAAGAAGCCACAAGCUGUAGUGCGAGCACAGACAACUUGGAAGUGGCACUUGAGCGAAAAAUAACAUCAAACGCCACUUCCAAUCGAACAAAUAUUUUGGAUAAAUAAUGCUGAUUGUUACUUUGGCUAGAGCCAACUUGUUGCUUUGAUAUCACUGCUUCUGACUUGAAGAUUCAUUUUUGCUGAAGGAUUCGUCCAGGACUCGCAUAGCUACUUCCGCUAUAGCUAGCUAACGUUACUUCGGUUUCAUACUGCAUUACUGUCAAACUCUUUUAUUUCCUACGAGCUGAAAUAAAAAUUUUGCUGGCAAAAUGAACCAAGGAUACUCAUCUAGAGGUGAAAUGGGACCCGAAGUAACGGCCGCUGCGACGUUUGUUUCCAGGUUAUUGAGAACAAGGGGCUUCCUGAGUGAACACCAACUUCAUGAUUUCAGAGAUUGUCUUCAACAGUCAUUAUCAGAGCACUACCAGAACCACUGGUUCCCAGACAGACCACAGAAGGGCUCUGGCUACCGCUGCAUCCGAAUGAACCAUGAAAUGGACCCAAUUAUUGGCAGGGCUGCUGGUCGGAUCGGACUUACUAGCGAUCAGCUCUUCGCCCUCCUUCCCCGGGAGCUGACCCUCUGGGUGGACCCCUUUGAGGUCUCUUACCGCAUCGGUGAGGAUGGCUCCAUAUGUGUCCUCUAUGAAGCAGCGGCCCCAGCGCCAGCAGCAGCACCAAGCCCCGACCCCACACAAAACUGCAAGAAUCAAUUUCUGAUCGGUGGCCGCACUAGCCCCCCGAAGAACUACCUGAUGACCGUCUCGAGUUAGUGCGGAACCAGGCAUUACCUCGACUGGCUACGUGAACAGCGUCAGUGUGAAGCCCGUCGACCACCCACAGUGAUUAUUUUUCUACUUACAUUUCGCAGCAUUUACCCCUUUUUUUUUAAAUGUGAGUUUUCUUAAAGCACUGGGUAUUUGUUGUAGUGUUUCUGUUGGGUUAGCUUUUUUUUGUAUUUUGUUUGACUACCAGCCCAUUGGCUCUUUUUGCACUACAGAGACUCAGUAUGUAGUGUGCUUCUGUCCUGUGGUCUUGGCACACUACAAUCAAGCCAGGACUCAAAGUGUAAACAAAACGAUUCUGGGAUUCUGAUGUUAGUAUCUCAUGGUGCAAUAGUAAAAGUACUUCACACCAUUGCCACUUCUCACAAAUGUAUACUAAAGCAAUCAUAACUGGAGAGUUAAGUAUUUGUUCAGGUACCCAUACAUUUCCAAGAUGAACUUUUUAAAAAUAUGUUUCUGUGUAAUUUGGUGUACUGCUGGUUUGUAAUCUUACAGGGCCUCUUUUAACCUACCUGUGCCCUGAAAUCAAAGACUCAAGACAACGUCUGACAUCCUAGUUGAAAAAGAGCUGCCUCUAACAGGUUAUACUACCUUAACAUGACAAUGUCUGCCCAAAUCCCUUUGCGUUGAAUAUUGCUGCCAAACUUUAUAUCUUGGCUCCUUUUGUGCAAUAGUCAGAGUAUUCAGAGCAACUGGAGUUUGGCUAAAUCUCUCAACAAAUAGUCAACUAAUUUCAAUCCUCUUGGAUCCUAGUUGAGAAAGAUUUGACUUUUUAAUCUAAAAUAGCUUUACUUUCAACAUGUUCAAAAAGUGGUUGGUUUUAAUAUUGAUCACUAUUGUGAAUGUUUUUCCUAUGUGAAUCUGUCACUUUGACAAGUGUUCCCUGUUAUUCUCCCCUGGGUAGUUUGCCUUUGUGUAUAAGCUGUGAGGUGGUUGGUUGGCGUCAUAUUAACGUCUAUCACUGCCAGGUAGCGUGAUGCUCUCAGCCCUCUGUAGUGUACUCUCCCUACCGAGCUGUUGAGCAGCUCACCAUUGUUUACUGUUCUAGACGGGAAAGAUGUAGAGUUUAAGCUAUUUGAAGCACAGUAUGCAUUUAAUGUACAUUUAAAAAAAGAUGUGCAUAUCUAGAUACUUGUACAGUUUGUCAAUUUUAUUACAAUAAACCUUUAUGAAUUCAGA